UAAGGGGGAGGAAGUCCUGCUGGCAGUGUACGCACAUCCUGUGAGACAGAACCGUAUAAUACGUCACGCUUCAAACCAAGUCUCUUCAGUUCCAAGACGUCUUUCUUACCGUCAACUGCUUUUUUACUUUUUUUUCAUUCCGUCUUUUUUUCUUUUUUUCUUUUAUUCGCUUAAUUCUUUUUGUUCAUCUUUCCUUGUUUUCUCCAAUUCGUAAUUACCAGUGCGACGAAAAUUUUACUAGUCGGAAAUUAGGAAAAAUGGGGAAAAUUAUUUGUUGAAAAUUGUGUACUUCAAAAAUAAGUGUUAAUAUUCUUCUAUUCUUAAAUUACUAGUUUAUUAUUUAUCAGUGCUUUUGACUCACAAGCAGGACAUUGACUUGACAGUAACUCGCACAUUAUGUGUAAUCCAAUGAAGAUGAAAUUUCAGCGGUUAUUCAAAUUUCGUCGCAGAUAUAAUCCAAGGACAUCGAGAUCUUUAGGCGAACUUUUAAAAUACCUGUCACCAGUUCGAUGGACUCGUCGUAAAUCGUCGAGUUCUGAAUCGGAGAGGAAUUGCUACAAUGUGCAAACAUCACAGGUGACAACUGAACGCACAUCGACCAAGAAGGACAAGAAAAAAAUACAGGAAGAACGAAGGAGAAUUUGCGAAAAACGAAAUCCCCUUCUCGAUAAAGUAAAAACGACACGACUGAGUUUUCUUCGCGAUCAGGAUUCCGAUGACGAUGAGAAUGUCGACGAGAGCAAUAAUAAAAAGGAAUUUCGCUCAAUGGGCGAGCUUAGUCGAAGAGGAUUAACGAGAAACGACAUUCGACGAUCGGUGUGUGAAACUGACUUGAAAGAGCUCACCGAGGAGGAGAAAACUCAAGCGAAAAGGAAGAAACGAUCGAAAUCCCACAGUCGUCUAACAACCAGGAAUCAUGCAGAUGAGCGGUUUGUACUGUUUAAUUUUAGAACAUCCACGCCCUACAAGGAAGAAACGCGGCCUGAGAAUUUUCUAGAAAGUCCCAAAUCUGGUCGCGGCUGGCGGAAAUCCAAUGCCGAGGAGAAAAAGAGCGAGAAUCUCCUCGACGAGGUCGAGAUGCCCAUUAGAGACGGAUUUGACAGUAUAACGCCUUCGAGUUGUCUCGCUGCCAAAUUUCGCGCCAUGCAAGACCGCUAUCUCAAGAGUUCGACCAGCAAACUAAUCGCUAAGAUCUACAAAAAGGACACCAAGGACCGUGACAGGAGGAGACUCCGAAGCUUCUCCUACGGGACUCUUCCCGGCCUGGAGGAACUACGAACGAAUCCUCUUUACGACGAUCAGGACCAGGAUGACAACGACUCCGGAAUUCUGGACAACGAUUCCGCAACCAGCUCCCUCUUGGACGACAGGUGCAGCAGCGGAGCGUCGGAAUUGCUAACGAGUUUGCUCAACGAGUCCUCUUCCUCCUCAUCGCCACCUCCACCUCCUCGACUCCCACCCCGAAGACCAUCAGCACCCAUCACUGACCUAGAAAAGAACCUUCGACUGUGCCAACAUGCUUCCAUUCUAGAAGCGAACCCUGUGAUUGUCAAGACUGACGCAGAAAAAACCACGAAACCAUUUGCUCACAAUGUCUGCCUGGGAAUCGAAAAGGAUCCCUUGAACAUAAUCAGCCACACUAAGGCCGAAGAGAAUCCAAAUUCGGAGAAUUUAGAGAAGAAUUCGAAAAAAUGGAAAACAGGCAGAGAAUUACCGGUCAUAAGAAGCAGGUCAUGCACUACAGAGACGAUAGUUGUCAAAUUGCCAAGGGAAACCGCCGAUCAAUGUUUGGGAAUAUUUAUAGCCAAGACAUCGGACUCGAAUCCUGGUUAUUUGGUGGCUCACGUGGUUCCCAACGGCCUCGCGGACAAGGAGGGAACUCUGAAAAUUGGCGAUGAAAUUUUAAUUGUCAAUGGGAAAAGACUGAGGGGCUUGACAAUGUCGGAGGCGAGGAAAAUUUUGGGCAAUGGCAAUGCUCCCGGAAUUGUUGACAUUGUUAUAUCGAGAUACAAUAAUGUGGAACAGCAACAACCGAGAAAGUUGAAGGAGAGCAGUGUGGAUUACGAGAACGUCAGCAUCGAGAAUGGGCAUGGUGUAAUUGUGGAAAAUUCACCCAAGUGUCAUUUUAGGAAACACAACUCGCGACAUAAUCGAGACAGGAAGAACGAGUCCAACAGGUCGAUAUCUUCAGAGAAAUCCUGCACGACACUCGACAGUGGUUCUCAGAGUAUUUCUAAUUUUUGCACUUUGCCAAGAAGACCGAGAAGUACUUUGUCCACAUUUUUGACUGUUGUUUUUGAAAAGGGGCAGGGAAAAAAAUCCCUGGGCUUCACUAUCGUUGGUGGACGGGAUAGUCCCAAAGGAAGCAUCGGCAUCUUCAUAAAAUCGGUUCUACCUGGUGGCCAGGCAGCCGAGGAUGGCCGAUUGAAAGCUGGGGAUGAAAUUUUGGCGGUCAAUGGCCAGGUUUGUCAUGACUUGACUCAUCGUGAAGCUGUUCAGCUUUUUCGCAAUAAUAAAAGCGGUCCAGUGGCUCUUCACUUGUGCAGAAGAUCCAAGCAACGAGAUUUGCAAGGUUCGAAAGCAAAAUCAUGUGCAGAUCUUCUACUCGUUGACACCUGAUUAAAUCAACGAGUAUAAAAAAAUUAACAAAAAGUGACGAACCCUUUUUAUAUAUAUAUAUAUAUAUUAUAUAUAUUCUACGAAGAUAACAAUAAUGUACAUAAUUUUCCUUUUUUUGUAAAUUUUGUAACAUAUUUUUGUGAAAAUAAAAGAAAUUAUUUAAUGUUUUCAUAAA